AUGCUUGCAGCUGCAGGGGGGCGAAUGCCCCCAGGAGCAUACUCGAUACGCUCUCAGUUCCGCGGCGCUACUGUGCUGCUGACCGGCGCAACCGGCUACGUGGGCGGCCUGGUCCUGGAGGCGCUGCUGCGCACAACUGAUGUGGGGAGGGUGCUGGUGCUGCUGCGGCCCAAGGCGGGCGCUGCGCCCGAUGCGCGCCUGGCGCAGCUGCUGCAGGCCAGCAUCUUCAGGAAAGUCAGAGACGACCGCCACCUCAUCGCCAAGGUCUCAGCUGUUGCGGGCGACAUCAGCCUCCCAAACCUCGGCCUCUCCGACCUCGACCGCGACCUCGUCGCGUCCAAGGUCCAGAUCAUACUGCACUGCGCCGCAGACAUACGCCUGGAGGUCGACAUACAGACGGCGCUGGCGUCGAAUUACUUGGGCACGCGCGCGGUGCUAGAGCUGGCGCGGCGCUGCAAGGGGCUGAGGGCGCUCGUGCACACCAGCAGCGCGUUUGUCAACAUGAACCGGCCGCGGUCGAGCGUCGUGGGGGAGCGGCUGUACCCGCUGACGCACGGGCGGCGGGCGGUCGGGCCCGAGGAAGUCGUGCAGGUGGGGUGA